AUGGCGGAAAAAGAUGAAGCUAUGGAGGCUCUGAAAAGGGAAGCUGUGGAUUUGGAGAACAUACCCGUUGAGGAGGUUUUCGAGAAUCUGAGAUGUACCAAAAAUGGACUCACAUCUGAAGAUGUUGAGAGGAGAUUGGACAUAUUUGGGCACAACAAGCUUGAAGAGAAAGUGGAGAGUAAGUUUUUGAAGUUCUUAGGGUUCAUGUGGAAUCCCCUCUCAUGGGUCAUGGAGGCUGCGGCAAUUAUGGCUAUUGCGCUUGCAAAUGGUGGAGGAAAAGCACCUGAUUGGCAGGAUUUUGUUGGGAUUAUUACUCUGCUUGUUAUCAAUUCAACUAUAAGUUUUAUAGAAGAAAACAAUGCUGGUAAUGCAGCAGCUGCUCUCAUGGCACGUCUUGCGCCCAAAGCGAAGGUUCUCCGAGAUGGGAGAUGGAAUGAGGAAGAUGCAGCUGUUCUUGUUCCAGGAGACAUCAUUAGCAUUAAACUUGGGGAUAUAGUUCCAGCUGAUGCUCGUCUCCUUGAGGGUGAUCCGCUGAAAAUUGAUCAGUCUGCUCUCACGGGUGAGUCCCUGCCUGUGACAAAAGGCCCAGGGGAUGGUGUUUAUUCAGGGUCUACCUGCAAGCAGGGAGAGAUUGAAGCAGUGGUCAUUGCCACAGGUGUGCAUACCUUCUUUGGCAAGGCUGCUCACCUCGUGGACUCCACAAAUCAAGUUGGCCAUUUUCAGAAGGUCUUGACUGCCAUCGGAAAUUUUUGUAUAUGUUCUAUUGCGGUUGGGAUGUUUGUAGAAAUAAUAGUGAUGUACCCGAUUCAACAUCGGGACUAUCGUCCGGGAAUUGACAAUUUGCUGGUACUUCUGAUUGGAGGAAUCCCUAUUGCUAUGCCGACAGUCUUAUCUGUUACAAUGGCAAUUGGUUCUCACCGUUUAUCUCAGCAGGGAGCCAUCACAAAAAGAAUGACAGCUAUAGAAGAAAUGGCCGGGAUGGAUGUGCUUUGCAGUGAUAAAACUGGAACUCUGACCCUGAACAAGCUUACUGUCGACAAAAAUCUUAUUGAGGUCUUUGCUAAAGGAGUUGACGUAGAUACUGUAGUUCUGAUGUCUGCCAGGGCCUCUCGGGUGGAAAACCAGGAUGCAAUCGAUGGCGCUAUAGUAGGGAUGUUGGCUGAUCCGAAGGAGGCACGGGCUGGCAUCCAAGAGGUUCACUUCCUCCCAUUUAACCCAACUGAUAAGAGAACAGCUCUGACGUACAUUGACAGUGAAGGUAAAAUGCAUCGCGUCAGCAAAGGUGCCCCUGAACAGAUUCUUAACCUGGCACACAAUAAAUCAGACAUAGAGCAUAGAGUUCAUGCUGUGAUUGAUAAAUUUGCCGAGCGAGGAUUAAGAUCUCUUGCAGUAGCAUACCAGGAAGUUCCUGAGCGUACGAAGGAAAGUCCUGGAGGUCCAUGGCAAUUCAUUGGCCUCAUGCCUCUGUUUGACCCACCCAGACAUGACAGUGCAGAGACAAUAAGAAGAGCUUUGAAUUUGGGGGUGAACGUUAAAAUGAUCACUGGUGAUCAACUGGCAAUUGGAAAGGAAACUGGACGGCGUUUGGGAAUGGGAACCAACAUGUAUCCUUCAUCUGCUUUAUUAGGGCAGAACAAGGAUGAAUCAAUUGCUGCUUUGCCAAUUGAUGAGCUCAUUGAAAAAGCUGAUGGCUUUGCUGGCGUCUUCCCUGAGCACAAAUAUGAGAUCGUAAAACGCUUGCAAGCUAGAAAACAUAUAUGCGGAAUGACUGGUGAUGGAGUCAAUGAUGCCCCUGCACUUAAAAAGGCUGAUAUUGGCAUAGCUGUUGCUGAUGCAACUGAUGCUGCUCGUAGUGCUUCUGAUAUAGUCCUGACAGAACCUGGUCUCAGCGUGAUCAUUAGUGCUGUACUAACUAGUCGUGCAAUCUUUCAGAGGAUGAAAAAUUACACGAUCUAUGCUGUUUCCAUUACAAUUCGUAUUGUGCUUGGUUUCAUGUUGCUCGCUCUUAUAUGGAAGUUCGACUUCCCACCCUUCAUGGUGCUGAUCAUUGCUAUCCUGAAUGAUGGUACCAUUAUGACAAUAUCAAAGGAUAGGGUGAAACCAUCUCCUCUGCCCGACAGCUGGAAGCUGGGAGAGAUUUUUGCAACUGGGAUCAUUCUUGGAGGUUACUUGGCAGUGAUGACAGUCAUCUUCUUUUGGGUGGCAUACGAGACGAAUUUCUUUCCUCACCUAUUUGGGGUUUCAUCUCUAAAGAAAACGGUUAGUUACGACUUCAAAAAGCUUGCCUCUGCAGUGUACCUGCAAGUGAGUACCAUUAGUCAAGCCCUCAUUUUUGUGACAAGAGCUAGGAGUUGGUCAUUCUACGAGCGCCCAGGACUUCUGCUUGUGGGGGCUUUUUUGGUUGCUCAGCUGAUUGCUACAUUGAUUGCUGUAUAUGCGAAUUGGGGUUUUGCUGCGAUUGAAGGGAUUGGAUGGGGUUGGGCUGGGGUGAUUUGGCUCUAUAACCUCAUUACGUACUUCCCUCUUGAUUUCAUAAAGUUCUGUAUUCGAUAUGCCAUUAGUGGUAGAGCUUGGGAUCUCGUUUUCGAGCAAAGGGUUGCCUUUACGAGGAAAAAGGAUUUCGGAAAAGAAGAACGUGAGCUUAAAUGGGCACAUGCACAAAGAACCCUCCAUGGGCUGCAGCCACCUGUGACUGACUUUAGUGACCGCAGUAGCAUUACCGAUCUUAACCAGAUGGCUGAAGAGGCAAAAAGACGAGCUGAGAUGGCAAGGCUGAUAGAACUGCAAACAUUGAAAGGCCACGUUGAAUCAGUUGUGAAAUUGAAGAAUCUCGACAUAGAAACGAUCCAGCAAGCGUACACGGUUUGA